CCCAAACAGAGUCCAGCAGCUGCAAUACACAAAGGACAACCAGAAGUAAGACUGGGAAUACCAAAAGGAGGCUUUUCCCUUGGAAGUAAGAAAGGAAGAGCUCCAGCACAGAAGCUUUGCUGCAGAGGCCAUGGGCUGCUGGAAGCAAGAGAAAACCAGCACCUGGUUUUUUCCCACCCUGAUCCUCUGCCUCUAUGGAUUCUUCUACAUGAUGAAACCAUCAGAACCUUUCCUAACACCCUAUCUAACAGGACCAGAUAAAAACCUGACCACAGAUGAGGUUACCAACCAGAUUUUUCCAGUCUGGACAUACUCCUACCUGGCUCUCCUUUUCCCAGUGUUCCUGCUCACAGACUACGUGCGCUACAAGCCCGUCCUCCUCCUGCAGGGCCUCAGCCUCAUCGUCACGUGGCUGCUGCUGCUCUUUGCACACGGAGUGGUGGCCAUGCAGCUGGUGGAAUUCUUCUAUGGCAUGGUCACAGCCACCGAGGUGGCCUAUUACGCCUACAUCUACAGCGUGGUCAGCAGCCAACACUACCAGAGGGUCACCAGCUACUGCAGGAGCGUCACUCUGGUGGCAGCCACCGUGGCCGCCGUGCUGGGACAGCUGCUGGUGUCCUUAGCAGGCGUCUCCUACUUCCACCUCAACGCCAUCAGCUUGGCUUCCGUGUCCCUGGCGUUCGUGUGCGCGCUCUUCCUGCCCAUGCCCCAGAGGAGCAUGUUCUUCCACAGGAAAGAGGCCCCUGAGCCCGUGCCUGGCAAAGGGCUGGCCGCGGGCACUGCCCCCGGGCCCCAGAGCUGCCCAGAGGAAAGGAGCCCUGACGCUGCUGCCGGGGCCCCGAGCCCCCAGCCCCAGGCCGGCAGUGCCGGGCCCCACAGGCGCCUGCUGGGCGUGCUGCUGCAGCUGGGCAGGGACCUGAGGCACUGCUACGGCUCCCGCAAGCUCCUCUGCUGGUCCCUGUGGUGGGCUCUGGCCACGGCCGGCUUCAACCAGGUGGUGAAUUAUGUCCAGGUGCUGUGGGACUUGCGAGCCCCCUCGCACAGCUCCGCAGUCUACAACGGAGCUGUGGAAGCCAUAGCAACGUUUCUGAGCUCAGUAACAUCUUUCCUGGUACAAUAUAUGCAGAUUAACUGGGACCAUUUUGGAGAACUGGCUUUAGGAAUCUUCUCUGCAAUAGAUGCAGGUUGUCUGUUUCUCAUGCAUUUCUCUACCAGCAUCUGGGCAUGUUAUGCUGGAUAUCUCAUUUUCAAGGCAUGCUAUAUGCUCCUCCUGACAAUAGCAACGUUCCAGAUCGCCAUCAAUCUGAGCAUGGAGCGCUAUGCCCUGAUGUUUGGAUUCAACAACUUCAUUGCCCUGCUCAUCCAGACCAUUCUCACAAUAGUUGUUGUAGAUUCAAGAGGCCUGGGACUGGACAUAGUGACUCAAUUUUUAAUUUAUGGCAGCUACUUCACAGUCAUACAUGGGAUUUUCAUGAUCAGAAGCAUUUGUGUGCUGGUCUCACGCAAAUGCCAAAGGAAAAUAGUGAGAUCUUGCACAGAGCAGCUGAACCAGGCUGAGCACGAGUCAAGAGAGCAGAUUGUCACAAGCUACAUGACACGGCUGUAG